UGUCUCCCGCUAGUUUGGUUAAACGCGCUGCCGUUAGUUGUCCUAUCUGCGCACCUUCUGUUGUAUCUCUCGAUAAUUGUGAUCUAACCAAUGUGGUAACAUGGGACUGCUCCGGUUCUGGAACUGCAAUUUGUACUAAUAAUUGUUCUGGUUGUAGUAUAUUGUGUACGUCUCCCAAUGAAUUUUCUUGGUCUUGUGAUUGCGCAUAA